UUCUGAUCUGUCCGACCAUCUCUUUGAACCUAGUCUGAUAUGCAGAUGCGAUCAGUAGGGCAAGCUGUAAGGUCAGCAGAAACGAAUGCUUGAAACCUUCCUUUAGAGUUGGAACUGAUGAUCUUGCUCCUCCUGCAGGUAGGAUCACCCAACAGAUCAUUCCGCAAAUAGAGACUGACAGAAUGCGCGCAGAAACAGGCUCGAUUGUUACAGCGUCAGCACGCAGCUCCGGCCCAAACAUCUCCAGCAAGGUCACUCUGAGCUCUACCUCAAUUGGGAAGGUUGGUGCAACGAACCCCAGCGUGAUUCGGAAGCUCUCAAUAAAUCCUCAGCGAUGGAUUGAUGUUUUCAGAAUUGUUAGAUCUAUACACGGGCACGUUUUCCGGCCAGAGAUCGAAGCCAAUACCGACACCAGCAGGUUCCUUCACAAGCUCGCCUGCAAACUUGCCGUACAAGUACAUCCUUCUUCGCUGCUGGACGAUGAUGCGCAACCUAUACCUCUACGAGAAGGCUAUUGCUCUUAUUUAUGUCGCUACGGACGUCCAAAUACCUGCAGGGGCUAGUUGAGCAGUUCUGAUGUACGCAUCACAGAACA